AGCAGUCUGCGUCCUGCUGAUAGAGCUCGUGCAGUCCGCCUCUCAUUAACAUGAAGAAGAAGAAGAAGAAGGUGCUUUUAUUUUUUGUCUUUGUGGGUUUAAAGAAUUUGUUCUGAGCUCACAGAGAACCGGACUCCAGCGGCCCCUGUGUGAACCUGGACUUUAAGGAUCCAGCUGCUGCAGCUCUGCUGGUUUCUGUGCUGGUUUUACUGGUUCCACUUUUUCCACUCAGCCUCGUUAAUUCACCCGCAGCUGCUGCAGAGACACACGAGGAGACGACCUACUGAGGAGGAGGAGCCUAAUUUUACUCCUCCGCUUCCUCUCAUUACCAUGCCAACCUCAGAGGAUGACCCCACCGUCCAAUCAAAGGCUGCGGCGAAUCCUUUGGGCAAUCGGGACGCCAGCUUGGACUCGGGGGAGGAGACGGCGGCCGCGCUCUCAGACUCCAACAGGGAGGCGUUACCGUGGCAACGGAAGGAGGAAGAGGAGCGUGAUGAACAGGAGACGAAGGCGGUGGCCUCGUCUCCGGACGGACGAUUCCUCAAGUUCAACAUCGAGAUCGGACAAGGAUCCUUCAAGACGGUUUACAAAGGACUCGACACUGAGACCACGGUGGAGGUGGCGUGGUGUGAACUGCAGACUCAUCGUCUGAACAAGGCGGAGCGUCAGAGGUUCACUGAGGAGGUGGAGAUGCUGAAAGCUCUGCAGCAUCCGAACAUCGUCCGAUUCUUCGACUCCUGGAAGUCGACGCUGAGGGGCCACAAAUGCACCAUCCUGGUGACGGAGCUCAUGACGUCCGGGACCCUCAAGACGUACCUGCGCAGGUUCCGACCCAUGAAGCUGAAGCUGCUGCAGCGGUGGAGCUUCCAGAUCCUGAAGGGUCUGCAGUUCCUGCACUCCCGCUGCCCCCCCAUCCUGCACCGAGACCUCAAGUGCGACAACGUCUUCAUCACGGGGCCCGUCGCCUCCGUCAAGAUCGGAGACCUGGGCCUCGCCACGCUCAAGAGGGCCUCGUUCGCCAAGAGCGUCAUCGGGACCCCGGAGUUCAUGGCUCCAGAGAUGUAUGAGGAGAAGUACAACGAGGCCGUGGACGUUUACGCCUUCGGCAUGUGCAUGCUGGAGAUGGCGACGUCCGAGUAUCCGUACUCCGAGUGUCAGAACGCCGCGCAGAUCUACCGCAAGGUCACCAGCGGAAUCAAACCGGACAGUUUUUCCAAAGUGACCAUCCCCGAGCUGAAGGAGAUCAUCGAGGGCUGCAUCCGCCCCGACAGCAGUGAGAGGUUCACGGUUCAGGACCUGCUGGAUCACCCGUUCUUCCAGGAGCAGCUGGGAGUCCACGUGGAUCUGGCCGAGGACGACGACGGCUCGAAGGCGGCUCUGAAGCUCUGGCUGCGGAUGGACGACAACAAGAAGCUUCACGGGAAAUACAAAGACAACAACGCCAUCGAGUUCCUGUUCGAGGUGUACAAGGACGUCCCCGAGGAGGUGGCCCAGGAGAUGGUGGUGCUGGGGUUCGUGUGUAAGGCGGACUAUAAUCAGGUUGCCAAGGCGAUCAGACACCAAGUGACGGCCAUAAAGCGUCAGCGGGAGAAACAGGGCCGCCUGCUGGAGGACGCCCUGAACCGCCAGAAGGAAGCUGCGGUCGAGGAGGAGUCUGACCCCGCCCCCUUACCACCUGAGGCGCCCAAUCAGAAGCCUGCCACGAGCACGUCUGCUGCUGGGAAGCAGGACUCAGCUGCUGUUUCAGGCCCCGCCCCCGGCUCGCUACAAGCCACGCCCCCAGGGACGGUGACAUCAUCAAGCAGCAGCCCGGUGGACUCUGGGAUCAGCAGCGUGUCCAGCAGGACGGGAGGAGACGGCGACGAUGAGGACGACAGACAGACGUCACACUCCGCCGCUGCAUCGGACUAUAAGAACUCCUUUAGCUCCUCUGGUGUCCAGGAGAAGGUUGAGGCCACGCCCCCUCUGGUCACGAACCCCGCCCCCCUUCCGUCUGUCCCCGCCCCUGCUCCCCUGGUUCAGGAAACCCCUCGACCCAAGCCUCCUCCUCCCUCUGUGACUCGGGCUCGAUCCAAACCGCCACCCCUCCCCGUGCUGCGUUUCCCCAAGAGCAUCGCCGUGUCCCACAAUGCCGAGCGACUGCAAUCUGGAUCAGUCAGCGGCUUUACCUCACCUGUCGACAGCUACGCCUCUGAUGUGACCUCAGGGUUGAGUGACGGCAAUGACGGCCAAUCAGACAGAGGGAACAAGGAGGUGACCCCACAGGCGGCCGCGAAGCAGUUCAGGCGGAAAGCGAGAGCUCGUCUGAGAAUGACAGGGAUGUCAGACAUGGUGGACCGGGUGGUGGAGUGUCAGCUGCAGACUCACAACAGUAAGAUGGUGACGUUUAAGUUCGAUCUGGACGGAGACAAUCCAGAGGACAUCGCCUCUGUGAUGAUCCACAGGGACUUCAUCCUGCCUGAGGAGCGAGAAGGAUUCAUUGUCCGCAUGUAUGACAUCAUCAGGAGGGCGGAGUCUAUGAUGCAUAAACAGCAGCUGGCCGAUGCCAACAGGUCAUCUCACCUGAAUGCCUCCACGCAGCUCGAGUCCAUGCUGCCGGCCCAGAGCCUCUCCAGAACUCAGUCCACGUCUUCACUGCCUGACAUUGCAGAUGUUGACCCCUCCCCCUUGAAGGGCGUAGACUUCUACGUUGACUCGGAGGCCACGCCCUCCGUCAGAUCACUGAGGUCACAGUCUUUCCACACCUCAACAGCUGCCUCCCAUCAGACCCCCCCAUACCCCCUCCAUUACACCCACCCAAACCCCCCCCCUCCUCGUCAGUAUUACCUCCCGUCUCCCCCCUACAACGCCCCUUUCCCCACCCAGGGCUCCUCCACCAGCCUCCCCCGAGUCCAGAGUAACCCCUCCCUCCUCAGCCCCUCCUCGUCUUCCUCAGCUCUCCCCCCUCCUUCCCCUCCUCACUGGCCCCCCCCUGACCAGCCUCUCUUCUCUCUGGCCAGUGUACUCUCUCUGGCCAUGAGUGUGGCCCAGUCCCUCAUGCCUCCACCUGUGACCCCCAACCAGGGCUUUCACCCUCACUCUCAGCCCAUGUCUCCUCCAGUUCCCUCCCCCCAGGCUCCCCUUACUCCCCCCAUGUCUCCAUCCCUGGGCACCAACCUCCAUCCUCUAAGCCAAGCCUCCUUCCCGGCGCCCUUCUCACCCAAGGUGUCCUAUAGCCCCCCCACCCCUCAGACAGACUCCCCCCCAGACAGCCAGCAGGGGCUGCCGCCUGGCCGGACUCAAGACGCACCUCAGGUAGGAUGGGAGCAUCAGUUACAGCCUCACAGUCCACUUCAGCUGAAGGUCAGCUCAGCUCCGCCCCCUAAUGGUUCAGAGACUGUUUCUGCUCCCAGUCUGACCAGUGCUCCCAGUCUGACCAGUGUUCCCAAUGUGACCAGUGCUCCCAAUGUGACCAGUGCUCCCAGUCUGACCAGUGUUCCCAGUCUGACCAGUGCUCCCAGUCUGACCAGUGCUCCUAAUCUGACCACUUCUCCCAGUCUGACCAGUGCUCCCAGUCUGACCAGUGCUCCCAGUCUGACCAGUGUUCCCAGUCUGACCAGUGCUCCCAAUGUGACCAGUGCUCCCAGUCUGACCAGUGUUCCCAGUCUGACCAGUGCUCCCAAUGUGACCAGUUCUCCCAGUCUGACCAGUGCUCCUAAUCUGACCACUUCUCCCAGUCUGACCAGUGCUUCCAACUGGGUCAGUACUCCCAAUCUGACCUGUACACCCAGUCUAACCAGUGCUCCUAACAGGCACAGUAAUCCUAGUCUUGCCAGAACUCUAAGUUUGACCAGUGCUCCCAGACUGAACAGUACUCCCAGUCUGACCAGUGCUCCUGGUCUGAACAGUACUUCCAUUCGGACCAGCACUUCUAGGCCGACCAGGGUUCCAAAUCGGACAAAUGCUCCCAUUCAGGCAAGGGCUUCCAGUCUGACCAGUUCUCCCAUUCGGGCCAGCGUUCCCAAUGUGGCCUCUGCACACAAACCGACCAGUGUUUCCAGUCUGACCACCGCUCCUAUUCGGUCAACUGUUCCCAGUAUCAGUAGUGCUCCCAGUCCAAAAGGCGAGCUCUGUGCCUCCCCCACUUCCUCACCACCUGUCUUGCGUCCUACCAACAGUGUGUCCUCCCCCAUGUUACCCUCACCCGGUCUGUCCCCCAUCCAGGAAGUGAAGAAAACUUCAGUCCUUGCCAUUGGUCGUUUCCAGGUGACGGCCUCUAAAGACACUCCUGCUGCCUGUCAUCAGGAACCCCGCCCCCUCAACCAGGCCACACCCACUGCCCACUCCCCACCUCCCUCCAGGCCGAACCAAUCAGAGAGCUCAGGGAGCAGUACAGAUGAGCUAAGCACGCUGCCCCCACGUCUCCAGGGUGACCAUGAAAACCCUGGUCCACAGAAGGAAGAGGAGGAAGAGGAGAAGAAGAAGAGGAGGCCAAGUGGCAGUCCAUGGGAGGGGUCAACCAGCUCGAGUGGCAGCAGCUUCAGCCAAUCAUGGAACCGCCCAGCACCCUGCAUCAGCUCUGACGAAUCAGAGAGCGAGAGCGAGGAGAUGUGGAAGGAGCUGCAGGAGCUCCGGGGAAGACACCUGGCGGAGGUGCAGAACCUGCAGGCCAAUCAGAAGCGAGAGAUCAAGGACUUGUAUCUGAGGAUGGGUAAAGUCCCGCCCCCCGGCAUUGUCUCUCUGGCCGCCAUAUUGAACCCACGCCAGCGCCGCCUCUCCAGGACCGGAAACCACCCUCCUUCUCACAAAAGCAGCCAGCAGAGACCGGACGCGCUGCCGUCUGCAGGUAUCAUGAAGAAGAGCCUGGUCUGCGGCAGCAGCAGCGGAUCUCAGGACAGAGCAGGCAAAGGCGUGACCUUUGCCCCUGAACACAGCAGCACGUGAGCGAGAGGAGCUGAAGAUGAUGAUGAAGAGGAGUCACCCGUCACUUUAUUAUCCAACCUGCAGAAACAUGAAAGUCUCUGUUUUAACAGACUGAACUUCUAGAACUGAUGAAGACUCCAUGCAGCAUAUAAACAUUUGCAACACAGAGUUUGAGUUCAGAUUUUAAGUUUGUUUUUUCAUAUUGUGAAUUUAUGGUUUAACAUUUUAUGGACAAUUUCAGCACUUUAGUAAAAAGAUAUUGAGCCUUAAUGAGCCUCACGUUGGAACAGGUUCAUCAUUUCAACGUUCUCUUUGUUUUCUCAGGAGGUUCUGCAGGUUUAACUUCAGAUUUAGCUCAUAAAUGAUUGUGAAAGUUUUUUGGAAGGAAACAAAAAUCACAUGAGGUCUGAAUUCAAAUCUAAAAACCUGAAUCUGAAGUCUUUCUGGCUUCCUGUAGGAGGAACUGAGUAACAGAGUUAUCUGUUAAUGUAACAUGUCUGAUGUCUGCCUUAUGUGUUUGAUAGAUCACAUUAUUCCUAACAAUCCUGUUUAUUGAGAGUCCUCUGCACUUUCACACUUCACUUAAAGUCCCACUUCAGCAUCUAUUAGCAGUAUACAAACAUGAAAAAAAUAUUAAUAACGCAAUAUAAUGUGGCUGUAAGCAAUAACGCUCAGUAUUUGUUCUUCUAUAAUUACAUCUGUUCUGUCUGCAGAAGUUAACACAUUAAUAAACAGCUGCGUUGGUCUGUUGGUAACAGUUUAUUGCAUGUUUAUAUACUGAAGAUCAAUAUAGUGAAGUAUCUGCUGGACAGUCUGUUUAUAAUCUGAAUCCACUGAAUGUAACUUUGAAUCACAGCGUGCCUUAUUUCAAGAAUAGUUAUUUAAUAUUUAGAGACCUGAUGGACAUACAGAAACCGUAAAUUAGACGACGUCCAGGUGACACAUGACGAGCUGAGCAUGUGGACAGAGAGGCGUCACAUCCAGCCCAGCAGGAGGGUUUUAAGUUUGGAUUGUUCACAGUUAAUGAAACUGAUGUUUGUUUGUGAUAAUGUGUCCCGACUUUAAAGUGUUUGUGUAAUAAAAGUGACCUGAAAUGGACAGAAAAGCUUCACACUCA